UGACCUUCCCAACAAAAAAAAAAAACGUAAUUUGUAACCAUUCCCAUUCCCAUUCCCAUCAUCUUCUCCAUAAAGUUGUUACCUUUAAGUGUGUUCUAAUGGAGAUUCAUUCUCUUCUACUCAUAUAGGAGUAUUUUUUCUUCUUCUUCUCUCUCUCACUCUAUCUUGUUUCAUUUAUUAAGCUUUCUUCUUACACGCUUUUUAAGAUAAUUAACAGUCACGGGUCCUUAAAAUAAAAGGGUGAUCGAGAGAAGUUGAAGAAUCAUGACUAUUGUGUUUCGUUUUUGAUCCAAAGGGUCAUCUAAUUUUGCCAUUUUUGUUCCAGGUAACGCAUUGUUGUUGCCAAUGGGGUGGCUAACUAAAAUCCUUAAGGGUUCUAGCCAUAAAUUCUCAGAUGGACAAUGUAACGGAAGAUAUAGAGAGGAUAGAAACUUGGACCGUCCUCGUUAUUCGGCGGAUGGAUCUGAUUUUGACAAAGAAGAAAUUGAAUGUGCUAUUGCACUCUCUCUUUCUGAACAAGAUCAUGUCAUUCCACAAGAUGACAAAGGAAAGAAAAUAAUUGAAUACAAAUCUGAAACCGAAGAAGAUGAAGAUGACGAUGAGGAUGAAGAUGAAGAAUACAUGAGAGCUCAGCUAGAAGCAGCAGAAGAAGAGGAAAGACGGGUAGCUCAAGCUCAAAUCGAGGAAGAGGAGAAAAGGAGAGCUGAAGUUCAACUAGAAGAAACAGAGAAACAAUUAGCAAAAGCUCGAUUAGAAGAGGAAGAAACGAGGCGUGCUAAAGCUCAACUGGAGGAAGACGAGCAACUUGCUAAGGCCAUUCAAGAAAGUAUGAAUGUUGGAUCUCCUCCUCGAUAUGAUCCAGGAAGUAUAUUUCAACCAUAUCCCUUCCUCAUGCCAUCUAAUCACAGGAUAUGCGCCGGUUGCCAAGCUGAGAUUGGACAUGGAAGGUUUCUGAGUUGCAUGGGUGGCGUUUGGCAUCCUGAAUGUUUCUGCUGCCAUGCAUGUGAUAAGCCCAUCAUAGAUUAUGAGUUCUCAAUGUCAGGAAAUCGGCCUUAUCACAAAUUAUGUUACAAGGAGCAGCAUCAUCCUAAAUGUGAUGUUUGUCAUAACUUUAUUCCGACAAAUCCAGCUGGUCUUAUUGAGUAUAGGGCACACCCCUUCUGGAUGCAAAAGUAUUGUCCUUCACAUGAGCGUGAUGGAACUCCUCGGUGUUGCAGUUGUGAGCGAAUGGAGCCGAAAGAUACAAAAUAUCUCAUUCUUGACGAUGGUCGAAAAUUGUGUCUUGAAUGUCUCGACUCAGCCAUUAUGGACACUCAUGAAUGCCAACCACUGUACAUUGAUAUACGUGAAUUUUAUGAAGGCUUACACAUGAAAGUGGAACAGCAAAUUCCUAUGCUCUUGGUCGAGAGAUCAGCUCUAAACGAAGCUAUGGAGGGAGAGAAACACGGACAUCAUCAUUUACCUGAAACUAGAGGACUUUGUUUGUCUGAAGAACAAACUGUGACCACGGUGUUAAGGAGACCAAGAAUUGGGGCAGGCUACAAGUUAAUAGACAUGAUCACGGAGCCUUGCAGGCUGAUACGCCGCUGUGAAGUCACUGCAAUUCUAAUUUUAUACGGACUUCCUCGUUUAUUAACUGGGUCAAUCCUUGCUCAUGAGAUGAUGCAUGCGUGGCUUCGACUAAAUGGGUAUCCAAAUCUUAGACCAGAAGUGGAAGAAGGUAUAUGUCAGGUUUUAGCUCACAUGUGGUUGGACUCUGAGACUUACGCUGGCUCUACAUUAGUAGACAUCGCAUCUUCCUCUUCUUCAACAUCAUCCGCUGUGAUUGCAUCAUCCAAGAAAGGUGAGAGGUCUGAGUUUGAGAAGAAACUUGGUGAGUUUUUCAAGCACCAAAUCGAGUCAGAUUCUUCAUCGGCAUAUGGGGAUGGGUUCAGGCAAGGUAACGCGGCAGUUCUUAAGCAUGGUCUGAGGCGAACCCUCGACCAUAUACGCUUGACGGGUACAUUUCCUUAAAGGGGAUAUAUAAACUUUAAAGAGAGAAGAAGAAAGCAGCUCUGUUUUAGUUUUUUUACUUCUUAGAGUAUACUGAAAAGAAAAAGAAGCAAAAUGUAUAGGUUUCAAUACACACAAUUUAAGAGUCACAAAGUUUCCACUCUUUAAAGUAAAAAUUACCUACA